AUCACCGUCCCCACCUUCUCCCACUCUCUCUUUCUCACCAAAACCAAACGUAGACGCAGAGAGAGAAACACCCAAACCCCUAACCCCUAACCCCUUCCCCCAAAACCAACACCAACCCCUCCACACACACACACACACACACACACACAUACACUACACCCUACACUACACUUUGAAAUUGUUCACCAAUGGCUUCUUCACAUCUGCCAACACUCGUCACUCUCUGUCUCAUCGUCCUCCUCCUCCUCGCAUCCACGUGCAUUCCACGUGCCCAAGCUCAGCUCGACUCGGGCGGCAUCCAACUCACGACGGACGCUCUGGACUGGCCGUCGUCGGCGACGGAUCUCUACGAGGACGACGAGUUCGGAGACAAUGCCGGAGACUCUACCGGCGCGAUUGGCCGUAGAUCGCUGUUCUGGCUAACAGUGCGGCACUACUACAUUUCGUACGGUGCUCUGUCGGCCAACAGAGUGCCAUGCCCGCCUCGCUCCGGUAGGUCCUACUACACCCACAACUGUUACAGAGCCACAGGCCCAGUUCACCCUUACACCAGAGGCUGCUCUGCAAUCACCCGUUGCAGGAGAUGAACAAUUGGGUUAGGGUUUUCUCUUCUAUAUAUAUAUUCAUAUUUUUGUUUUUUGUUGGUUUGGUAUUUCUUGCAGAUCUGUGCUAUUAGAGUACUUAGACUAAUUCGGUAAUUUCUUCAUUAUUGCUAUUAUGUUGUGGGACUAUUUAUAAAUUUGUCUCUUAUCUGUGUAAACAUUUUGUUUAUAUAGGCUUGUAUAAUUGUAUUUUUUUGAAAUA